GUGCUCCUGUUUUGAAAAUGUGUUUGUGGUACCAAACAUAUAUUAUUAUUUCUGUUUGUUAAGCUUUAGUGUUGUCAAUGAAGUAUGAUUUAUUUGAGAACAAAACACUACAGCUUUCUUCUUGACUCAUAUCGCCUAUUAUGAUUUCGCUGCUGUGAAGAAAAUUGAACUGUCUAAUUCCGCAUCGGAUAAUCAGACUGAAAUAAGAUAGUAUAAUGAUGCGCCAAGUGUUCCUGUCCUUAUGUGGGAAAUCAAAUAUUCUACAUCCAUCAAUACCUACAUUAUUUCUAGCUAAAUUGUGCUCUAGUUAUCUAGGAAAGUGGAAAUUGCCUCAGGGAUAUGAUACUGGAAUUACUGUGUAUAAUUCUGCAGUAAAUAAAAGAGUUCCUCUGAUCCUGAGGGACAAAGGAAUAGCUACAUGGUAUAUUUGUGGGCCUACUGUAUAUGCAGAAUCUCACAUUGGACAUGCAAGUUGCUAUGUAAAAUUUGACAUCAUAAGGAGAAUUAUGGAAAAUAUUUUUGGCAUCAAUGUCUUAUUACUAAUGGGAAUUACUGACAUUGAUGAUAAAAUUAUAAAGGAAGCAAAUAAGGUGGGAAAGAACGUUUCUCAAGUUUCUAAGAAAUACGAGUUAGAUUUCUUUAAUGACAUGGCAGCUAUGCAAAUCAAGCCGCCAUCUAUAAUAUGCCGUGUAACAGAUAAUAUACCUCUUAUUAUUUCUUUUUGUGAAAGACUUAUUAGCAAGGGCUAUGCAUAUGUCACAGAUGAGGGUAAUGUUUACUUUAUGGUAUCCAAAGGUAUUUCAGCAGAUAUAUUGUCGAAUCUACCUGAAGAUUGCCAAUUAGUUACUGACCCUUUAAAAAAAGAUCAGCGAGAUUUUGCUGUAUGGAAAGCAGCUAAACCUGAUGAACCAUACUGGUUAUCUCCUUGGGGAAAAGGAAGACCAGGUUGGCACAUCGAAUGCUCAGCAAUGGCUAGUCAUAUCUUUGGAUCUCAACUUGAUCUACACUCUGGAGGCUAUGAUCUUCUAUUUCCUCAUCAUGCUAAUGAAAAAUCACAGUCUGAAGCAUUUCAUGGUUGUUCUCAGUGGGUCAACUACUGGAUGCACUCAGGUCUUCUACAAAUAGAUGACAGUGAAAAAAUGUCAAAGUCUCUAAAGAACACAAUAUCAAUUAAAGAUUAUUUAAAGGAAAAUUCUGUAAAUGAUUUUCGAAUUCUCUGUCUUCAGUCCUUGUACAGAAAAAAUAUUUCUUACAAUGCUGAAACGUUAGCUGGAGCUAAAGGACUUCAUAAAAAACUUCACAGUUUUAUUAAUGAUUGUGAAUUAUAUGUCAGUGGUAUGAUACAGAAUAACUGCGUAGAUCACAGCAGAUUAUUGUCAAAAUUAACUUCUGUGAAAGAGCAAGUUACAUUUUCAUUUUCUAAGGAUUUCAACACAAGUCAAGCUUUAUUAAAUUUAGUUCAGUUAAUAGAUGAAGUGAACAGAUGCCUUCACUGUUCAUCUGUCAACAAUUCAUCAAAUCCAGAAGGAAGUACUGCUGUUGCUGCAUGUGCAUCUUAUGUAGAUUCAGUUUUAGAGAUGCUGGGAGUUAAUAUCAUUUGUAAGAAGAGACUGAGCAGGGAGUUUGUUUACCAAGUGGAUGCUGUUGUUGAAUUUCGAAAUGAAAUUCGUCUUCUGGCUCUUUCUUACAAUAAGAAAGGUGGAACUGUGGUUGACAAAAAAGCAUUUCAAAUAUCUAUAGAUUCUGCUUAUGAAUGCUUCAAGCAAAAACUCAACCUGAUUGAAAAACGUGAGGUGCAGUCUUUGAAUAUCUCACCUAUUGUUGAAGUCUGUGAUAACUUUUAUCAACAAGUUUCUGACUUUUGGAAAGAAAACAUGGUGGAAGCUUUAAACUGUAGUAACAGAAAAUUAUCUUCAUUAUUUUGCUUUUGUGAUGAAUUUCGUUCAUCUCUUGAAAAAUUUGGGAUUGGAAUAAAGGACAAAAAUCAAAUCUCUACUUGGUUUCCUUUGAUCAAGUGAUAAGAAUUUUGAAAUUCGAAAUUGUGUAGAGUUCUCAAAAAUCCAUUCACCUGCUAAGAAAUAAUUUGUAUGUAAAUUGUAGUAAAAUUUCUUUUAUUAUAUAUAUUUGUUUGAAUGUAUGACUAAUGAAUUCAUAGAAAUGUCAAAACUUGAAAUUAUAUAAUGUACCCCAUCUAAGAUGACCAACCAUGAUUCCAAAUAAUUUUAUCAUGUGGAAAUGAUCAUUAUAGGAAUGAUGGUCAUUAAGGACACUUAUUGUUUUGCACAAUAGAUUUACUCUGUUCAAGACUUUUGGAGUCUGUUAAGAAAAAUAUUGAAGUAAAGUUUAUUUUAUUUGUUAUUUCAAUAAAAUUACACAUUAAUAAUGAAGAAAAGUAGAAAAUAAUAUAGCUAAAGCUAUUUAAAUCUUGUGAAGUAAAGUGUGUAAAUAAUGUUUUAAAAUAUGAAUUUGAAAUCAAUAUUAAAAAAAUUACAAAAAUCUUACAAAUUUGUUUAAUAAUUUCUAAAAUAUUGAAUUUUUAUUAAAACAUUAAUCUAAUGAAGUCUGCUUAUUUUAGUUCCUGGUUUAGAUAAUCUAUUUUCUAAUCAGUAUGGAUUUCUUAAAAUAAUCAUUUAUCUAUCAUGUUUUGCCAACAACCUUUGGGACAAACUCCCAGUGGCAUCUUUGGUAACUUGUAAUUUGUUUCUAAAUUUAAUUCUUUUGUGCUUUGCUUUGUAGAUAUUUUAUUCUGAGGUUAAUUACUUAAGAUAUAUUAAAUAAUAAUAAAAUCACACACUCAGAUAUUUGCAUUAAAAUGUUAAAUUUGAAAUAAAUGCAAUUUACUGCAAUUAUGUCCUAAACAGAAAAGUAUCUGUUACCAGCUUCACAGACAAAAAAAUGGAAAAAAAAAAAAAAAAAAGUUUAAACAGUUUAGGAAUGUGAUGAAAUAUUUAAAGAGCUCUGGGUCAUAUUCUUCAAAUCAACCUAUGUAAUAAAUUACAUUAUAUUGAGAAACAACAGUAUUGUUGAUAAGAACUUGCUUAGUGACUGUGAUACAGAAUGUGAUUUAAUGAACAUCCCGAAAAGUGCAGUACAUGAUAAUUUCAAGGAGCUUGACCAUAUAAACCGUUAUGAUGUAUGGGUACCCCAUACUUAAAGGAGCAGAAUAAACUUGCUCAAAUUUCAUCAUUUUAUUCUUUGCUGGAACAAAAUAAAGAAGCUCCGUUUUUGAAAGCUAGUAUGAGAAGUGGAUACUAUAUAAUAACGUUAAAAGAAAAAGAUCCUGGAAUAAGCCAAGUUAACUUCUUUUAGUAACACUUAAAUGUAGAUCCAAAAAUGUAAUUCUUUGUGUAUAAUGGGACUAAAAGGAAUUAUAUAUUUUAAAUUGCCACCACCGAAUCACACAAUAAAUUUAGAAAAAUAUAGUUCUGUUUUCUGUCAUGACAAUGCUUGGCCCACAUUUCGAUGAAUGCUAAGUAAAAACUUAUUGAAAGUUUCUGGGGUGUUUUAUGUUAUCCCCCCCCCCAUAUUCAUCAAAUGCUGUCCUCUCAAAUUUUCAUUUCUUUAGGUCUUUUCAAAAUGUUCUGAACCGCCUGGAGUUUAUUUCUUUGAAAAUUGUCAAACAGCCCUCAGUAACUUUUCUGUGAAUAAAUAUGUUUUUUUAUAAAGAAUUUUUCAGCUUUUGGAGUGAUCACAAAAAGUCAUAGAAUAAAAUGAUGCUUGUGUGAAUCAAUAAGGUUUGCUUAUAUUUUUCUACUGCUUCAUUUGUAUUUGUCAUAAAAAAACUGCAGAACUUUCCAGAUAAUCCACUACGUAUACCAUUAAUGAAAGCAUCAAGAUUAUAAAAAGUGGUUGUUAAUCUGACUUUUAAACUAUAACAUACUUUAAAUACUGACAAUUAGAAUUUUAAUUCUGUGUACUUUCUAAUUUAUAUAAAUGUUAAGUAAAAAUUAAUUUUCUGUGUUUUAGGUGACUUUUAUAUAGAUCUUAUACAGAUGUCCUUUAUGUAAUCUAAGCAAAUUUUUAUUUAAUAUAUAAUAUACCUGCAUUUAAUAAAAAUAUUCAUAAAAAA